AUGACCCAAGACGAGGUGAACGCCGCAUACGCGAACGUGCCGGGUGCAGAUCUCAAUGGCCCCCAAGUCACCGGCUCCGGCAACUUCAUGGAGAAGUAUGCCGCCGAGCGAGAAAAACGAAUGAACGCCAAAGGCGUUGGCCAGUACAUCGAUCUCGUGGGAUCAGACAAGUAUGGGAAGUUCGUAGAAGAUCCUUGGGUCGAAGCGAACACCCCUGUCAACGAGCCGGUACCUGAUGGUGGUCGUUCAAAAUUCUUGAUCGGUGAGCAUCUGCAUAAGAAGCAUUUCGAUGGCAAAGCUGAGGUUGAGUUUGGAAUACAACAGCUGGUGCAGGGUUCGGCGGUAUCCUAUAUGCUGUGA